GGAGUGCAGGUGUGCCACGCACUUGUGAGGUUGCCCUGCAAGCUAAAUGUGCAUUUAAGGAUGCAUCUUUUUUCAUCUUUAUAAACAGCGCCACAAUUCAAACAUACUCAAAAACCUUUCAGCCCUUGCUUAACUGGUAGUUAUGAAAAACAUUGCUUAUUAUUAAUUAAAAUGGAACAGUAUCCACAGCUUCUUCGAAGACCCUUACCUCCCCAAAUCUCUAAUGUGCCUUCAGAUAAGAAGAAAAUCCACAGAGCCAAGACUGAUAAAACUAAGCCACGUCAUAUAAAGUUUACUGGUACUAAAGAUGAAAUCUCUUCAGUUAAAAGGGAUACAACCAGUCCUAACAUCAUUCCAAGAAGGCAACCACAUGUAGUUGUACAUAUCCAAAAUAUCAUCCUUGAUUAUCCUGAACCAGAAAGAGUGACUCCUAUUAUCUACAGAUCUACUAAAAAUAUCUAUUCUCACAUUCCAGAUACUGUUAUUGCACCUAUGUUUUUUCCAAGUCAUCAUUCAGCAUCUACUCAAAUUUUUAGGAAAAAAACAAACCUGAUAGAAAGUUCAAGGAAGUCCCCCAAAGCACCUCACAAAAUAGAAAAUAUUUAUAUUGAUGAAAAAUUACAAAACAUUUUAAUUCUUUCUUCAACAUCCUCCAAGACUGUAAAUGUUUCUUGCCCAAUUAUUGAGACUGAUUUCAAAAAUGUGCGUCCUGAGCAUCAACUCUUUCCAAGGAGCCAGAUCUAUGCUGUUACAUCCCCACUGAGAACUAUAGCAGUGCCAACCCCUCUACCUAGCACUUCAUCUACUAGAGAAGAAAGUCAGUGGUAUGCACCUUUCCCACAGAAUGUUGGAAUCUUUGGUAAAGUGAUAUUAAACAUUAAUCCCUUUCCAGCUAACAUUUCCAUUCCAAAACCAACUUCACCAAGGAAACCUCGAAGACAGUCUGUGAUAGAAACUCUUGCCUCAGAAAUUGAAAAGGCAGAAAAUAUACCAAGACCACCUGAAGGUGUCACUACUAGAAGAACAAUAGAUUAUUCAGAUGCCCACAUUUUACGUGGUGAAGGUUUUAAGACUGUUACAGCAACCGAAUAUGAAACUGUCAAAGCAAUGACUGAGUUGGCCGUAGUAACCUGUCAAAUGCAUGGAAGAAAUGCACUGAAUCUUAAGGGAUUUUUUAUCAUGAAUUGUCCAGACUUAACACCUUUGGCUUUGCAAUUGGUAUAUCUUAAUUUAUCAUUCAAUGAUUUCUCUAUCUUUCCCAUGGAAGUUCUUUGUCUUACAAAUUUACAAGUACUGAAAAUGAGAAAUAAUCCUAUCAAAGCAAUUCCUUCUGACAUUCAGCAACUUAAGUUCCUUAGAAUUUUCAGCAUUGCCUUUAAUUUCAUUUCUGAUCUCCCAUUUGGGUUAUUUUCCCUGUUCCAUCUUGAGGAGCUCGAUAUUUCCUACAAUGAAAUCACUUCUAUUCCAAAUGACAUCCAGAAACUCAGAUCACUUGAAAAACUGAAUAUUGAUGGAAAUUAUUUGUUUCACUUGCCACCUGGAAUUUUGAAGCUCAACCUGACAGCGAUCUCUUUUGAGAAUACUUUUACUAAUCAUAGGUUUUGGACAGAGACUUCUUUGAAUAGUCCACCAAAACUUACUCACAUUACGUCUUUGUUCAUUGUCAGAAAUAGUCUAUAUACGUCUUAUGACAUGAUGCCAGGGAAAAUAAAGAGAUUACUAAAAUACACGGCCAGGUGUGAAUGGUGUCAUGGGCCCAAGUUUGGUGAAGGUUUUGGCAUCAUCCGAUCCUGCAAUAUUUUUGGAGUGUCCCAGCUUCCUAUUAUGUUUCAUGUCUGUUCUUCUUCCUGUUAUAGAGAAUUAAGAGAAAGCAGUUUUAUUUUUGAAGGUUUUUUGGGCAGAAAAUUAACUUUAAAUAUGGACUGGGUAAGAAAGGCCAGUGACGUAUCAUACCAUCCAUAAAUGCUGAUUCAGUUCAUGUCUUUGAUUGAGAGCACAUGCUCUGAAUGGAAGAUGCUAGAGUCCUCAGAGAUUGUCCUUGUGUGACCAUAACUCUUCAUUAAAG